GAAGUUCCUUCCCUACAAGGCAAGCCUUCUUCCUGGUGCUCUCCAGUCCUCACCAUCCCAGCCUUCAUCGAAGUGUGCAAUCCUCCCUCCCUCUUUCACUUUAUUCUUCCCUCUGCUGCAUCUUGAUCCCUCUCUUCCUUUCCGAAAGCCUGCAAAGCCUAGCAAUCUGCAGCAGCCUGGCGAUGGCACCUCAUCCUUCUUCAUAUACCGUUGUCAGCUGUGGAGGUCCUCUGGGGAAGCAGCAGACUCAUCAGCAGCAGCGGAGAGCGAGGCCGCCGGACGAAAUGGCGGCCUGCCGGCGUGACCGCAGCAGCUUCGAGGAGAGCGCGUGGGUGGCGGAGGUGGAGGCCGUGGUGGCGGACGGCGGCGCAUUGGAGGAGGAGGCGGCGCGGUGGCGGCGGCACUGCAUCUACCGCGUGCCGGCGCGCAUCAAGGACCUGAACCCGAAGGCGUACCGGCCGCAGGUGGUGUCCCUCGGCCCGUUCCACCACGGCGAGCCGCAGCUGCGCCCCAUGGACGCGCACAAGCGCCGCGCCCUGGUCCACUUCCUCCGCCGCGCGAGCCGGCCGCUGGCGGAGUUCGCGGCCGCGGUCGCCGGCGGGGACGGGGAGUACGAGCGGCUGGAGGGCGCGUACGCGGGGCUCGGCGACGAGUGGCGCGGCGCCGCCGGCGAGGAGCGGUUCGUGGCGCUCAUGGUCACCGACGGGUGCUUCCUCCUGGAGGUGAUGCGCGCGGCGUCCGGCUGGGAGGUGAACGACUACGCCGCCGACGACCCCGUCUUCAGCCCCCACGGCCUGCUCCACACCGUGCCCUACAUCCGCCGCGACAUGCUCAUGAUCGAGAACCAGCUGCCGCUCCUCGUCCUCGACCGCCUCCUCGCCGUCGAGACCGGCAAGGAUGGGAACGAGGAGCUGAUCAACCGGAUGGUGCUGCUGUUCCUGUCGCCGACGGCGUGGCCGCUGACAACCGGCGUCGGGCUGGCGCUGCACCCGCUGGACGUCCUCCGCCGGAACCUCCUCUACGGCCCGCUCCCUGCCCCGCGCGCGCCGGACUCCUCCUCGCCGGCGGCGGCGCCCGACGACGCCAUCCGGUCGGCGGAGGAGCUGUACGAGGCCGGGGUCCGGUUCAAGCGCAGCGCCACGGGCAGCCUCCUGGACAUCCGGUUCCACCGGGGCACGCUCUACCUCCCGCCCAUCGCCGUCGACGACACCACCGAGUACAUGCUGCUGAACCUGAUGGCGCUCGAGCAGCUGCACGCCGGCGCCGGGGACGGCGUGACGGCGUACGUCUUCUUCAUGGACAACAUGGUGGGCACGGCGCGGGACGCGGCGCUGCUGACGGCGCGGCGGGUGGUGCACAGCGCGGUGGGCGGCGACAGGGCCGUGGCGCGGCUGUUCAACGGGCUGUCCAGGGACGCGGUGCUGGAGCCGCGGAGCGCGCUGGACGGCGUGCACCGGGAGGUGAACACCUACUGCCGGAAGCGCUGGAACCGGUGGCGCGCCAACCUCGUGCACACCUACUUCCGGAGCCCGUGGUCGUUCCUCUCCCUCGCCGCCGCCGUCUUCCUCCUCGCCAUGACCAUCCUGCAGACCGUCUACACCGUCCUGCCCUACUACAGCGACAACAACUAGCUAGCUAGCUAGUUCUUGCUAUCACUAUAUAUAACAGCUUUCUUACGGUUUAGUAGUUCUCAGCUGAUCGAUGAAUUUCUUUUAAUUUGUUUCUUUCGGUGAUUUCUAGCUAUGAAGCAACUAAUGUGUGCCUUCCUGCAACUCUUUUUAGCGAACUAUCUACGUAUUUCAUUUUGUUUGCUAAAACAAAAUGUGCC